AUGGACCCCGCCGCCUCCUCCAAGAGCAACCACUGCCUGGACGCGGCCAAGGCCUGCAACCUGAACGACAACUGCAAGCGCCUGCGCUCGGGGUACAUCUCCACGUGCAGCCGGGAGCUGGCGGGGGCCGAGCCCUGCAGCCGCCGCAAGUGCCACAAGGCCCUGCGCCAGUUCUUCGACCGCGUGCCCGGCGAGUUCACCUUCCGCCUGCUCUUCUGCUCCUGCAAGGACCGCGCCUGCGCCGAGCGCCGCCGCCAGACCAUCGUCCCCUCCUGCUCCUACGAGGACAAGGAGAAGCCCAACUGCCUGGACCUGCGGGGCACCUGCCGGGCGGAUCACCUGUGCAG